CCUGGUGCGAACUGUUACCUCUCGCCACACUCACACUCUUACAAUAAUAAUGUCUAACUCUUUCCACAAACCUCAGAAGCGUGUCAUUUGUAGCAAAGUCGUGUUGGUGAAACUUUCACUCUUCAGAAACAAUUGCAGGUAAUUAAAAAGUUGCUUUGAGAUUUCUAUGAUGGGGUCUGAGAUUUCAUCCACUGUUGUUGAAAAGCUCAACAAUUCACAAGAUUUAUCAAGAAAGAGGUCUUGUGCUAAUAAACAGAAACAAGAAAAAAUCCCUAAGAGGAUUCGCAAGGCUGAAAGAGAGAAAGAGAAGCGUGAACAGUUGAAUGAACUCUUUCUUGGUCUUGCUGAUACACUCGAGGUAACAGAUCUUAAAGAACAGAACAAUGGAAAAGCUUCUAUAUUGAGGGAAUCCAUCAGAUUGCUGAAAGACUUGUUCAGUCAGAUCGAGUCCUUAAAAAAGGACAGUGUAUCUCUGUUGUCAGAGACUCACUAUGUGACUAGGGAGAAAAAUGAGAUGUUGGAGGAGAAUUGUGUUCUGAAAAGUCAAAUUGAGAAACUUGCAGGUGAAAUAGAAGCAAGAGUAGUCCAAUGUGGACAUAACAUGAUGAAUCCAUUUCCAGAACCAGAAAAGAUUACAGAGUUUUCAGGGGAGAAUCUGCAAUUGUCCAAUACAGAAGCAGCAGUGCAGCAAGGACAUGCAGUUUUGGUUGUCCCCAUAAGUACUAAUCAUGGUCCUCAUAAUGUUGUUGAGCAGAUUGCAAAACCCAAAUCAACUAUUACUAAACCACAUCCCAGGUAUCCUACUCAAAUGGAUUCAUGGCCACUGCAGUUGCUUGCAGAGCAACCAACUUCAAAUUAAGAAUAUGCUGUUGAAAUGGACCCUCUGAUAUGGAAAUGGAAAUGUUUUCAGGAGCUUUUUGUACAUUCUCUCUACCUGGAGAAAUUUGGAUUAAGGUCAUAGAAAUUGUGAUCGAUGACUGUUUGUUGUGAUGAAAUAGUCCAGAUUCGCUCUUGUUUC